AUGUGUCUGGAUGUGAUUGAGAGCGUGUGCAACGAGAAGGCGCUACGCGAUGACGAAUUCAAAGAUUUUCACAUCCCCCGAUGUGUGGAACUGGGCCAUUUCUUGAAAUAUGCCCAGGGCGUCGGGACACCAUAUCUUACCGGCUAUGGCAUCUGUCCGUUUGAGCCAGUGGGGUAUGUCGGAGUGCAGCCAUACGCAUUUCCAGAUCACCCGAAUGUUCUGAGACAGCCUCCUGCGGAUAUUUCGACAUCGCGGGAAGAGUACACAGCUUACCUGCAACAAGAAAUUCUCAGUGAAGUCUUCAUAUCAGGGACCGUCGAUGAGGAUCUGGAAGUUUUGAGCGCAUUGCUUUAUUGCCGGUCUGACGAUGAGUCGGAAACUACUCUUCAGGACUGGGCAUGGCGUGUGGUUGUCUUCCAUGCCGACGGUGACAACCCGACUCCGCUCUACGGUCGCAAGCCACGAUUCAAUUCGAUUCCGGAAUUUCUGGAUUGGUAUAGCACUUGGCUGGACUACGUGGAUAUGGAUGAAGUGCAAGAUAUUCUGUGGAACCCCUCUGGCGGCCAUGAUUACCCCUUGUCGGAUGACGAAUGUGGCUCCUGA